AACCAGGAAACGUAUCGAAGCUUAUUAUAUUAACAAUAAUACCAUUUAUAAAUUCCAAUCUUUGCAACUAAUUAGCUCAGAUUCCAUUGACAGAUUGUGUUUUAAAGCAAGCGAAUACAAUCACCAACCUACGCUUUCGUUUAUUCUUUUCCUUCUCCAUCAAUCGUUCCUUCUUCAUCAUCCAAUUUUAAGGGUUAGCCCAUUGAAGAUUUCUGAUGGGAGACAAAAGAUUAAACUUCAAUCGGCCACUUCUUUCUGUGAGACGAACGGUUGCUAAUUCACAAAAAGGUUCUACAAGAAAGAAUGAAACUUCCACCCCUGCUCUGCUUCCAAGUCCAUCUUACAGAUCUGACUUGCAUUCGGGCCCAUUGAGAAACCCCGGGACCGUUCCUUUUGUGUGGGAACAAAUUCCAGGAAGACCCAAGGAUGAAGGAAAAACACAAAAACCUCCGCUUGUUCCAAGUCCCCCUCCGGGUCGGAUUUUGAAAGAAAGAUCACAAGAUAUGAAGAAGCGUUCAGGGAAUGACAUAAAUGAGAAGCCACAACUUACUUAUGGUCCAAACUUUUUACAGUUGAAUGAUGAUGAUACUGAAGAUGAUAGUGAAUUUGAAUAUGAUGAGCCUGGGCAUAUGUCACUUCAAUUUUGUGGAUUGCUUCCACAUUUUUGUUUAAAGACUUCUAUUGGUAUGUUAAAUCAGACACCUGUGAGAACCCGAUUGCCAGUAUCUUCUGCUAAUAGAACUCGUGUUGGCGCCUCAUCUCAGGAUGCUAGAGUGGCUGCAUAUGAACCCAAAUCAUCCGUCAAAAACCAAAAAGACCCUACCAUAUUAAAUCACGAGUCAACUGAAAAUACCAAGCAGAAAAAUUCCCAAAAGCUAGAACAGGGUGACAAGAUUUCAUAUAAUCACAAUGCAUCGUCUCCUCCACCUUUUGUUUCUGAAGAAAAUGAAGUAAAUAUACAGAAGAAAGGGCUAGUCAGCUUCAAGGAAUUAUUAGCUCAAGAAUUACAAGCUCAUGAGAAUGAAAAAGAAACAAACUUUGAGAAUCCUACAAUUGAGAAGACACUUUAUGUUGACACAGUACACAAGGUGGAAUCUUCAAAAUCAGAGUUCAAGGAGACCGAUGGUGAUAUUUUUGGAAUUUCACUUAAUCCCACUGAGCCGUUCAUGUUCGAUUUGGUUUUUGAUAAUACAAAACAUGAUAAAGAAAUGAUACAAACAGGUGCCUGCAACGAUCCUAAAGUUGAUAAAAAAGUCAAAGCUUCUCAAAAGUCCGGGUUAGAGAUGCCUGCUCCUCCGCCGUUACCAAAAUCUCCUUCAGAUUCUUGGCUGUGGCGUACACUACCUUCUGUGAACUCAAAAACUGCACCUUUAUGGUCAAAUCAUAAACAAUCUUCCAAGACAACAACGAAACAGGGUAAAAAUGUCCAGUCGCGGUAUCCCCAGGGACUUUUGCUUCCUAUAUCCGAAACUUAGCCUUGGUGCACUUCUAUGCUAGUUGAACAAAUCAAGUGGGUUAGCCUUUAAAGGUUCUAUGAAUGUGGGUGCUUAUUAUUGUUAUUGGUGUCCACACAAGUUUUUAUUUAUUUUGUAAUUAUAAACGAAGAAUAAAGAAAAAGUUGAUUGUAUAUGAUAUGAGAAAAAAGAAAUUAAAUGAUAAAAAAGGUUCAAGUACAAUGGGUACCUUUUUAAUUCUAGCGAAAGUGAUCUUUUAUGGGAUUGUUAUGAUUAGUUGUUGGAGCAUAUGGAAGACCAGGAAUGAAGUUAAAUUUUCCAAUUGUCAAGCUCGGAUAGAAGAUAUUUGUAGCGAAAUUAAGUCGGUAGGAUUUUGUGGAUUAGUAGUAGAUUGAAAUCUAGGUCCAUUGAGUGGUAUAAAUUUGUUAUUAUUUAGCUU